GAUCUGACUCCGGCCAGCCAGCCGGGCAGCGGACCGGGCGGCGGGCGGGCCGAGCGGGCCGCGCCGGCAGGAGACGCGGCCGGCCGACCGGUCAGAGUCGCCGCGCUGCAGUCUCUGCUCUUGGCCGCCGGAGGAGGACGGGCAGGUGCCGCGGGCGGGCCGAGCGGUCCCGGUGGUCUGGGCGCGGUGACAGGCCGGAGGGGCGCUGGAUGGCCAGUGACCGAGCAGUGACCGAGCAGUGACCACUCUGUGACCGGUCAGUGACAGCAGGGUGGCAGCGCAGUCACCACUCAGCGGCCGCGCAGUGACAACGGUCGUGAUCCACCAAAAGUGACGCGCGACGUGUGGGUUGGCCCAGCAGUGUCUUCUGACCAAGUCAUCUCUCGACCUGCAGUGGCAACUCAGAACGGAGCACCAGACCAGACGGCCGGCGGUGACCUCCACCGAAAACGGGCCUGACCUUGACCUGAAUUUCAGCGUCAGGAAGGGACGGUGGUCUUUUAACCAACGUUAGCCUGACGGACUGGCAACGGUGGAUCCUGCGGCGGCCCUGCCAUGGAGCUGGAGCCUGUGCCUGCCUCCUGGCUGACAGCCGCGCCGCCCCCGGCCACCGCCGACGGGCUCGUCAACGGCUCAGCGGCGGCCAACGCCACGGCUGCCGGCGGCGGCUUCUACUCGGUGACACAGACGGUGCUGCUCAUCCUGGUGACCAGCGUGCUCGUCUCCGUCACCGUGGUCGGCAACAUCAUGGUCAUGGUGUCGUUUCACAUCGACAAACAGCUGCAGACGAUCAGCAACUACUUCCUGUUCAGUCUGGCGGUGGCCGACUUUGCGAUCGGUCUCAUCUCGAUGCCGCUGUUCACGGUGUACCAGGUGAUGGGUCGGUGGGUGAUGGGACCGGUGGUCUGUGACACGUGGCUAGCUCUGGACUAUCUGGCGUCGAACGCCUCCGUGCUGAACCUUCUCAUUAUCAGCUUCGACCGGUACUUUUCUGUGACGCGUCCUCUGACAUACCGAGCGCGGCGCACCAACCGGCGAGCGGCAGCAAUGAUCGCCUGCGCCUGGGGCAUCUCUCUGGUCCUGUGGCCGCCCUGGAUCUACGCGUGGCCGUACAUUGAGGGCCGACGCACCGUGCCGCCGGACGAGUGUUACAUCCAGUUCCUGCAGACCAACCACUACUGGACGUUCGGCACGGCCAUCGCCGCCUUCUACCUGCCGGUGCUCAUCAUGUGUGGCCUCUACUACCGGAUAUGGCUGGAGACGGAGCAGCGGCAGCGGGAUCUGACCCACCUGCAAGCCGGCAAGAACAGCAGCAGGAGGUCCAACACCAGUCAGACGGAGGAGGGGGGCUCCGAGUCUCACCGGCGGAGGGCUGACCGCACACCGUCCCAGCGAGACGACAGUCUGAGGAGCGGCGGCGGCGGCCGGCCCACACCGGCACGAUGGGCGGACAAGGGCGGCGGCAGCUGGCGGCGGCUGAGCGCCUGGUGCGGCGGCGGCUCGGACCGGGCACACCACCACUCGGCGAUGGACCUGCCGCUGGCGGCGCGCACGGCUCCCAACGGCCGCCACCAGUCGCUCCGGCAGACCAACAGCGCCGUAUACACGACCCCCACCUACAUGUGCACGUACGGGCGGCACACCAUCCCCUCCCCACUGCCCAUCCUCAGCGGGCUGCGGCGCAACGCCAGCGCCGGCACGCUGGGCGCCUCGCGGAGCCUCUCCUCCGAGAGCGUCUACACGAUCGUCAUCAAGUUUCCGGAGCCGGUGACGCCCAGCGCCGACCCGAGCAUCACCAUGCUGAGCGACUCGGACGCGGACGCGGAGGCGGGCCACCAGCCGCACUGUCCGCUGAGCAGGAGUCCGGCGCCGGCGGCCGCCAGGGCGGGGGCCGCGGCGGCCAGGGCGGCGCGGAGACCGACCCCAGCAGCGGCGGCGGCGGCGGCGGCGGCAGCAGACGACAGCGACAGCUCGGACGAGGACCUGCCGCUGCCGCCGCCCCCGCCGGUCUCUCGGCGGCCCUCCCAGCUGCCGGACCUGAGGAUCCCGCUCAACGCGCGCGUCAUACCCAAACAGCUCGCCAAGGCGCCCAAUCCGAAGAAGAAAAAGAAACGCGAAGAGAAGAAACAGGAGCGGAAAGCGGCCAAGACGCUGUCGGCCAUUUUGUUGGCGUUUAUAAUCACGUGGACGCCGUAUAACGUGCUGGUGCUGAUUCGAGUAAUGUUGGAGUGUGACGACUGCAUCCCGGACCAGUUGUGGAACUUCUCCUACUACCUCUGCUACAUCAACUCCACCGUGAACCCGCUCUGCUACGCCCUCUGCAACGCCUCCUUCCGCAGGACCUAUGUGAAAAUCCUCACCUGUACGUGGUCCAAGAACAAACGUCACCCGGCCAACAGAGUCUACUACAACUGACAGAUUGUGUUGGAUUGUACCGACUCUGCUGUUGGCGGCAGUGUGAGUGAAUUGUUUGUGAAGCUUGUCCAGCUGACCAUUUCCGUCGGCUCGGUACUUUGUAUGUGUGUAUCUGCGAUGUUAAAUGUUAUAAAACGUUGUGUUAACUUUCAACGGAAGAGAAGAGGGGAAGGUAGGGCCUGGCGAAAGUUCUUCGCCCGUUGUUUGAAAAAGGUCUACAUCGCGCUAACAAGUGCAUACUGGAUAAUUGUUCCAGGAAGUUUUACUGCUCAGUGUUUCAAAGAGGGAACAGUUCGCGUUUCCGACUGGUUACACGCUUGUGGCCAAAGAUGUUCUCAACUGCUUCCUAAAAAUGUGACCUUUAUCGGCGCCAAGUGUUAUUGAGCUUUCAAGAGGCUUGUCGACGUUUUCUUAAGAGUAUGAGUGUUUGGCUUAGAGACUCAAGAGUUAGGUGUUAUUCUAGAGUAAAGAUUGAAUAGCAUAACGAUAACCGAUUACAUAAAAACAUUAUAAUUUAGAAAGCUCACAAUCUUUAUUGAGGUUGCCCUUUUUAUCCAUACUUUACAAUUCGUGUGGGGCUUGCCACCCUAAACAAGCCAUUCUUCGAACAACCUGGGUGUCAAUAAUAUUCAAAUCGGUGUAACAUGCACAAAAUGAUUUCGCUCUCCAAAUUAGUUGUAGAGUGGGUUGAAGCAGUAGCAUUGAGCAAUACUGGCGAUGGCCCUUUCCACAUCGAACUAAGACGGUUCUGGUCGAUUGAUGAACGUUUAAGCAUGCCAUUGUCUCGUUUGUAGAUGAAACAGUUGUGUCACAUUCAUAUACAUAUGACAUUCGUAAACUUCGACCUUUAUGUUUCACUUUUAGUCGGCUGUGUGUAAGUGUGUGUUUUCGGUGGAGAUGUGUGUCUAGAUGUGACUGGACUGUACCGAGCAUGUCGCUGAUUUCCAGCCAUGCCGUGUCAGAGCCCACGUUUGCCGUGCGAUGCGACUCCGCCGGGAGAAUCUAGUCCGUUUGCCGCGUGGUAUUACUCCGCCGGGAGACUCUAGUCCGUUUGCCGUGUGGUGUGACUCCGCCGGGAGGCUCUAGUCCCGCCAUGUUUUCCCGUGACGGCGCUGUACGGUGUGUAGCUGUAGGAAGGGGACCAUCGCUUCAGUGUAUAUGAACUCGGGCCACCGUUUUUCAGUGGCUGCUCUCACGUUUCGCAUCGAGCGUCUUCCCAGACGCCGACUUUAGCGAGUGAGGGACCUUUGGCAGAUACAUAUCUUCCGUGAGACCGACAUUUGCGCCGACACGGCCCGUCGGCUGCGUAUCGAUCGGUGUGAGGUUUGACCCGCUGUUUCCUGUUGUAUUUAAAGGUGGAAAGCGAACGGUUUAGAGGACUGCUUUUAUGCCGUUCGUUUUAUCGACGCUCAUUUCAUUGCGAUCCUGAAGGCAUUUUGGCUAAAAUUUGCCUGAGACAUCCGUAACUGCAUCCCUGAUACCGCCAAAUAAGCGUAAGAUGUUUGUUGUUCACAACAUUUGUCGAUUAUCGUACCCGCACACAAUUUUAUACGCCCAAGAACACGAAAAGCUCAUAUUUUCGAGCGUUGAUCUACGCGCUUCUGCGUGUAUGUGUAUGCAUGCGUAGAUGAGUGUUUUCUGGAGCUGGUACCGUGGUAUCUUGAUGUCGACCAAGCGCAAUUGCGCUGGAUAGGUACUUCACCAUGUCAUCGCUUUGUGUUUUUGGCCACAUUCUAAUGGUAUUGGGUUACAUGAAUGCAUUAUGUCUAUGUGGAAUGAAGUGGGUUGAACUAUGAAUAAACUAUUGCCUUCA